AUGUUCCGCAUUUGUGCUCUCAUCUUUGCUCUGGUAGCCAUUGCUUCGGCAGCUCCUUCUCCGGGAUAUCUGGAACCCGCCCACUCCCACUACGGAGUGGCUGUUGCACCUGUGGUUAAGGUGGUGCCCGUCGUCAAGCAAGUGCCUGUCAUCAGCCAUGUCCCAGUCGUGCAGCAUGUCCCAGUCGUGAAGCAUGUGUCCGUGGUGCAGCAUGUUCCUGUGCUGAAGUCCUACUCCCCAGUGGUCCAUCAGGCCUCAGUCUAUGCUCCAUCGUAUGCUCAUUCCCAUGGAGUGCCUUCCUAUGGAGUCCCUGCUUAUGGCCAUCAGAUCUACCACCGUUAAAAAGUACUUUCGAUUUGAAAUGAA